CUCUCCCUUCUCUUCUGUUCUCUCCUUUGCUGCAGUCCCUCCGUCACAGUGGGGUAGCUAGCCCCUGCCAUGCAUGUCCUUUGCAUCUCUUUUCCUCUCUUUUCCUCUCUCUCUCUCUCUCCCUCUCUCUCUCUGUCUGCCACUCCACUCUUUCUUCCGCUAUCUCUCCUAUCGGCUGUGCACUCUCUCACCAUCCUUUCCUUCCCUGUCUCUCCUCCCUCGUUCCCUCCAUCUCUUUCUCGCCCCUUCGCUUUGCCUCAUUGGUGCUGCCCUCAUUCCUUUUUUUCCAUUAAUCUCUAGGCCCAUUGGUCGUCUGCCUUCAACCAUUAUCUCCUUUCCUCCUUCCCUCUCCCUUGCUCGGUCUCUUCCCUCUCCUCUCUCUCUCCCCCUUGUUCCCUCGUCUCCAGCCGACUCUCAAGUCAUAAAAAUUAUUUGCAUAUAGGAGGAGAGGAGAAGUUUGUAGGGAGCACUGUGAGUGUGUUAGGGGAAAAGAACAAGUGAGAGAAAAAGAGAAGUAGAGAGAGAGAGAAAGAAAGAGCAAAAAAGAAAGGAGGACAGACUUACUGGAGCAUAAAAAAGUUUGAGAGAAGACUGCAUUUUGAGACUGAAAAUGAACUUGAAAGAGUGGUGAUCCCUUUCUCUUCCGUCAAACGUCUACUGUUGUGGGCAACGGAGGAAGCAGAGGUCUGUACCAAAGAGCAAUCUCACCCCAAACCAUUUCAGAUGGAGGUGAAUGCAGACGAGAAGCGCCAUCGCACACGCUCAAAAGUGCCUGUGGAACCAGCGAUACCAGAGCUGUUCAGCUGUCCAACACAAGGCUGUGAUGGAAGUGGACAUGUCAGCGGCAAAUAUGCAAGACAUCGAAGUGUGUACGGCUGCCCCCUGGCCAAGAAGAGGAAAACACUGGACAGACAGCCUCUGGAAGCCCUGGAGGUGCUGGAGCCCUUACUGGAACCGUUGGAGACAGACCCUAAGAGUAGACCCGUCAUAACCCACAUGGACAACUCCACUAGGGAGGAGAGCUACGAGACAGACGGAACAGUGGAGAUGGAUGAUAGAGAGGAGGAGUUGGAGGAGGGAGUAGAGGAUGGGGGAGAUGAGGAAGAGGAGGUAGAGGAGGAGGAAGAGGAGGGAUACUUGGAGGACAAUGAGGAACAGAUGGAGCAGGAAGAAGGAGAGGUGGAGAGAGGGGAGGGAGAGGCGGAGGAGGUAGAGGUGGAACAAGAGGAAGAGGAGGACCGAGUACAAGAGGAGGAAGAAGAGGAGGAGGAGUAUGAGGAGGAGUAUGAGGAGCAGAGUCAAGGCCAAGAGCACGAUCAGAUGAAUGGUGGCGGUGGCGGUGGCGGUGGCGGCCAUCCUAAAUCCGGUCUGACGGGGGAGAAGGACGACAACAACAACGAUGAGUAUGAGAACUAUGACGAGCUAGUGGCCAAGUCUCUGCUCAACCUAGGGAAGAUAGCAGAGGACGCCGCCUACCGCGCCAUGACCGAGUCUGAGAUGAAUAGCAACUCCUCCAACAGUGCCGAGGAAGAAGAGGAGGAGGAGGAGGAGGAGGAAGAAGAAGAGGAGGAUGAGGAGGGUGGGGAGGGCAUUCAGAGGAAGGGUGAGUUGACCCUGGAUGUGGACAGUGAUGUAGUGAGGGAAACGGUGGACUCUCUGAAGCUGCUGGCCCAGGGACACGGGGCUAUGCUCUCUGACAACAUGGAGGGAGGAGACUAUGAGGACGGGAUUGGGGAGAACGGGGAAGCGAACCGUAAUGGAGGGACUGGAGGUGGUAACGGUCAAGGUAAAGCCUCUAAUGGACUGCAGGAGAGCGAUGAGGAGGUGUGUCUAAGCAGCCUAGAGUGUCUGAGGAACCAGUGCUUUGACCUGGCCCGCAAACUGAGCGAGACGCAGCCGGCUGACCGCUCGGGCACAGGGCUCCCACAGCAGAGCCACCCUGGCGGCGGGGACACCCAGGGACAGCAUCCCCACCCGUACCAGCCUGGGUACGGGGACUUCCAGCAGAGCCAGGAGGAAAGGCGCACCCUGGAGAGGAACUACUCCGACAUGGUCAACCUGAUGAAGCUGGAGGAGCAGCUGAGCCCGCGCUCCAAGGCCUUUUCCAGCUGCGCUCAGGAUGACCGCUACCACAACCACAUCCACGACCGGGACGAGGACACGCGGUCGGUGACGUCGGACCGUUCAGAGGAGGUGUUCGACAUGACCAAGGGGAACCUGUCUCUGCUGGAGAAGGCCAUUGCGCUUGAGUCUGAGAGGGCCAAGGCCAUGAGAGACAAGAUGGCUGCCGAGGCGGCUCGGAGGGACGGGGUGAGGUAUCAUCAUCACCAUGGAGACCAUCAUGGGGAGCACCAAUCGCGGCAUGGCUACGGAGAGGAGCGCAAGGCCCGCCUCCACGAUGGGAUGAAGAAGCCCUACUACCAUAAAAAUUCAUCGCGUGGAGACAAGAAAGAGAGCCGGUGCCCGACACCGGGCUGUGAUGGCACAGGUCACGUGACGGGAUUGUACCCUCACCAUCGGAGCCUGUCUGGCUGUCCACACAAAGACAGGGUGCCACCUGAAAUCCUUGCUAUGUAUGAGAAUGUUCUUAAGUGUCCUACACUGGGCUGCACGGGACGCGGCCAUGUCAAUAGCAACAGGAACUCCCACAGAAGCCUGUCGGGGUGUCCAAUCGCUGCAGCAGAGAAGCUGGCUAAAGCCCAGGAGAAGAGCAUCGGGUGCGAUGGCUCCUCCAAGUCUAAUCAGGGCUCUGACCGCGUGCUCAGGCCUAUGUGCUUUGUGAAACAGCUGGAGAUCCCUCAGUACGGCUACAAGAAUAACGUGUCCACCAGCACGCCGCGCUCCAACCUGGCCAAGGAGCUGGAGAAGUACUCCAAGACCAGCUUUGACUACAGCAGCUUCACAGACAGCAGCCACGGCAACAAUGUCUACGGCAAACGGGCCAUCGCACCCAAGCUUCAAGGCAGGGACACUUCUCCUAAAGGAUAUGAUGUUAAGCGCUACUGUAAGAACUCCAGCUCAGCGAGCAGCCCGAACAGCACCUACGCCCCCAGCAGCAGCAGUAGCAGCCUGAGCUGUGGAGGAGGGGGCGGAGGGGGGGGCAGCAGCGCCAGCUCCACCUGCAGUAAGAGCAGCUUCGACUACACCCACGACAUGGAGGCUGCCCACAUGGCCGCCAGGGCCAUCCUCAACCUGUCCACGCGCUGCAGAGAGAUGCCCCAUGGUCUGGGAGGAAAACCCCAGGAUCUCUGCUCUCGGAACCCAGACCUAGAGGUGGAUGAGAACGGGACAUUAGACUUGAGUAUGAAGCAGCGUCUGGGGGGUGGCGUAAGUGCGGUGCUCACCCCCCUGGAGCCCAUGUCUCCUCAGCGCCAGGCUCUGAUGCGUUACGGCAUGGGGGAUGACUGCUGGGACCUGCCGGUCGACUACGCCAAGAUCAAAUGCAUCGACGAGGACAGCAAAGAGCCUGAUGACCUGGACCCGUUCCGGGAUCUGCUGGAGGAGAGAGGUUACUCUGGUGACGUCACCAUGCACAGCCCCAAACCCAAGUACGCCCAGUGCAAGGAGAGCAAGAAGGACUUGAUAACUCUCUCUGGCUGUCCUUUAGCUGACAAAAGCAUUCGAAGUAUGAUGGCCACCAACUCACAAGAGCUCAAGUGCCCGACACCGGGGUGCGAUGGUUCUGGGCAUAAUACUGGCAACUACGCAUCACACAGAAGUCUAUCAGGGUGUCCUCGGGCCAGGAAGAGUGGGAUCAAGAUCACACACAGUAAAGAGGACAAGGAGGACCAGGAGCCCAUCAGGUGUCCGGUCCCGGGCUGUGAUGGUCAGGGUCACGUGACGGGGAAGUAUGCGUCUCACCGCAGUGCGUCAGGCUGCCCCCUAGCUGCUAAGCGGCAGAAGGACGGCUACAUGAACGGCUCCCAGUUCACAUGGAAGGCUGGGAAGACAGACGGAAUGUCCUGUCCCACCCCAGGCUGUGAUGGCUCAGGCCACGUCAGUGGGAGCUUCCUCACGCACCGGAGUUUGUCAGGCUGUCCGCGUGCCACGUCUGCCAUGAAAAAAGCCAGACUGUCUGGACUGUCUGAAAUGCUAACAAUAAAACAGCGCACCAGCAAUGGAAUCGAGAAUGAGGAAGAGAUUAAACAGCUGGAUGAAGAAAUCAAAGAUUUAAGUGAAUCCAAUUCACAAGUGGAGGCAGAUAUGAUCAAACUUAGAACACAGAUUACCACAAUGGAGUCUAAUCUGAAGUCAAUAGAGGAAGAAAACAAGAAACCGCUUGCAUACAAAGAGGCUCCCAUUAGAAAUAACAGCUGCUUACAGAUGCAUCAGAUAGAGCCGAUCAGCGAUCAGAACUUUGAUGCUUACGUGACCACGCUAACAGACAUGUACACCAACCAGGAGCAGUACCAGAGCCCUGAGAACAAAGCCCUGCUGGAAAACAUCAAACAAGCGGUGCAAGGAAUCCAAGUGUAGCCCAGCCCGCUAGCCCAGCAAACGCCAGAGCUUCUUCUCAAAGAGGAGUGAAGGAAAACAACAUCCACAGGAAAGAACUAGAAGUGACAUGAUAGGACGACGCCUCAUAGUUUGCUGCUGUAACUUAUCAUACAGUGUUAGAUAUAGAUUUUUGAUCUUCAAAAAAAAGAAAUGUUAUGCUUAGAAAACUUCAUAAUGAUUUUUCUUUUUUUUUGUCUUGCUUUGAAGAAAAAAAAGUAAGUGGCAGAAUAGUUUUUGAAGACAUUCACAUUUUGUACGUUUUCAUACUGUAUGAGCUGAAAUAGUGUGAUGUAAUGUUUCUAGCUGCUCGUGUAUGCACAUUUUUUGUGUAUAUUUCUGAACAGUAAGAUGAUUAACAUAGGACUUUAGUUAUUUUUAAUGCUUGAUGAUGAAGAUUUUAGAUGAAAAAGCUGCUCUGGACAGUGAAAACAAAACAAAAAUCAAGAGGGAACUGCAAGGAGGUAGCGACUUUUCAAUGAUCUUUUCCUCAAUGGAUGAUUUUGGAAUUCUAAAGAUGUUUUUUCUUCUUCUUGUGUGCAGAUUGUUGAAUAGCAAGACUUGGUGGCAAAGUACUUUUUUGAAACCUUUUUUAAAGGUUGGUAGCUGUAGGUGGGGGCAUUUUUAAUAGGUGUUGGAAAUGAGUAUGGAAAGAAACGGACUUGAUGUUUGUAUGAAUGUUAUAGUUUUAUUGUAAACAUCAUGACACGGAAACCCAAUGGUGGAAAUCCCAUUGUCUUGAAAAGGACUAUUCACUCUUGAUCUUUUGUGUUGGUAGAUACCCAUUGUCAUUCAAUCAGCAACAAUGUGAUGUAUAAUGGAAAUAGAGUAUCAAGGCAUCAUUCUAGCAUUUAGUAUUAGUUCUGGUUCAAAUGUCAAAACUUAUGUUGCUAGAAUCGGGCAAUGUCUCAGCAAUGUAUAUCUAAAUCAUAUGUUUGUAAUAGGUAUGGGAUGAAAAAACAAAUUGGGGGGGUAUAUGCAAUUACCUGUUUAUAAACAUAGGGGGGAAACAAAUGAAUCUUUUCACUAUAUGUCAAAUAUAAAAUGUUAUAUAAACCUUUCAAUACAAAAAAGUAUUUAAGUUGAACAUUCAGUUUUAAAGAUGAAAGAUGCUUUACGAGUUCCACUUUCUUUACAUACAAUUUUGCACAAGGACACCUUUGUUUCCAUGUUUUGAUGUUUCUACAGAAACGUAAGCAGUACCUGAGAGCCUAAGCGGAGAGUAACAAGAGUUUUGUAAAGAGUAUUUAUACUAGAGUAUGAGAAAGAGCGGGACUUACAGGGCCAUUGUCCCCACUUAUGUGCCAGUAGACUAUUUGCACUUGUCCUACAGAUACUAUCCUAACAUGUGGCGGUGUGCAAUUUCCAGGUGUUCCUUUGAAACACGAUUGGAGCAAAUAACUGCUUGAAGCCACUAGGUGAUGAAUUCGUUCCACUGAAGGAGACUACAGGGAUUUGAAUCAGAAAUUAUGAUUAUAACCAUACCACUAAUAUUGUAUUAUCAAAUGUUAAACAAUGAUGCUAUUUCAUUUUGGUAUGUUAUAUGAGUACUAAAUAAUCCCCAGCAGCACUUUAUAUCUAAUCACUGUACAAAUUAAAUAGUCAAUCAAUUAAAGGUAAAAAAAAAGAAGAAGUAAAUUGAGGGCGUAUUCUCUUUUUUUUUUUACUCUGAAUCGGGGGGGAUGCAGUUUCAUGUCUGUAUGCGGCCCCUCUUUCUGUUGUGUUAUUAGUUGUUAGCGACCAUGUUGAGAAUUUGCCUUUUAAGAGCUAAUGCAAAGGUGCUUGUUGUUCAACUGAUCUCAUCUAUUGUACUUUUACGUCCUCUUUUAGGGCUCCUUUGUCAAUGGCUGCAUAUGCCUUUCUCCACAGCAUCGUGUCUGCAGCAUUUUGCCAAUAUAGUAAUGCUUUCAGUAGAGUACUAGUUAGUAUCAGUUCUUGAAUUAAUUCUCAUUAUCAGUACAAUGGAAAGGGAUUUAAAGCACAAACCGGCUGCUCAUCUACCGUUGGUACAUAAAAUCACAUUUGAAAAAAGUUAUCUGUGAAUAUUUACAUAGGGGACACAAAAGGUGUCACAUAUUAGUAUGCUGAAUUUUCAUAUAAAUUAUUGUGAAUUCAUCAGAGUUUAUUUAUUCUAUCUUAUUCAUUUUGAGGUUGAUUUAAGUAUUCAUGAACGAAGACAGGAUUUUGUAUAAACUAUUGUGCUAUCUGUGGAACUGAAGUUUAAUUUAUUUUUGUACUACACAGCAUGGAUUUGUUGACAUUUUAAUUUUGCUAUAAAUGUGUGAGAUCACAAGUUGCUGUGAUAUUUCAUUUUUAAAUUGUGAACUUUGUAAAAAUUUUGUCAUGCUGGAUGUUGACACAUCUUACUCUGAAUAAAGAACAAUUGUGUUGCCACAGGCCUGUAA